GUCAAAACUUUGAGCAUCGUCAGAAAAACGUAACGGGCGGGGAUGGCGAAGCAAAAUCUAAAUCUUCUUCCAAGAAAGCUUCAUCAAGAAUAUUAACGUUGGCAACAAGCAUCAGCGAGGAUACCAUCGCGAAUGUGUUGAUACCGCGGCCAGAAGUAUGCAGCUUCCCGUUUCCGCGCGGCCGCAGCCGGUCCAGAAGCAGCAGCAGCAGUGUACUCAUCGCGAAAAAUGAUCAUGCAGACGGUACAGCUGCAGCAGCAGCAACUUCCAGAACUACUCGCUCCUUAGAGCUUGAGAACUUUCUCCUCCUUCACUCGAGCUGUCCAUCCGAGUAUUCCGUGGUCGAGCGGAUCAAGCGGACCGGGCUUGGGUUUCUGCGGUGCUACAUCCCGAAAGUGUUAGUUCCCCCGGCGAAUUUCGACAUAUUGGCUGCUUCCAGUGGUACCUCCGAAGAUCAUGGGAGCAGCCCUUGCUACUAUCAUGCUGGGACGUCGACCAGGGCAGCUUCCAAUGCUGACGGCGACGAGACUAGCACCGUACUGAAAGGUGGUGUGCUUGCGGAUAAGAUCAACAAACUCCACGACAGCGACUUGGUUCUCGACGGCAAACACGGUUUUCACAUGCACAGUGGCAUUUACCAGAACAGUUUUCUGACGGACAAGAACUUCACACCCCUUCUUAUUGUGAGGAAAAAUCCCCCCUCCCCACAUCGAAAGCGGAAUUUGUGUUGCUGUAUUUGAGUACACAAAUCACAUCUGUCUUGCUGGAGAGGACUGCAGACCCAUAUCAAGCCUGAGCAGAGAGGCUUUGACUUAGGCGCUUAGCAUGAAAAGCGUCGGUGAUGUUUGCUCAACAGCAUGAUAAACCGCCUCCAUAAUGGGACGGAAGCUGCUGCCCUUGUCUUCUUGCAACACAGACGUGAUUUGUGACCUCAAAUCAGCAACACAAAUUUUUGAAAACCUACCUCUUCAAUAUGGGGAGGGGGGAUUUUUCCUUGCGAUACUUCUGAACGCCAUGAGCGAGCGGAGGUUUGAUGUUGAAAUAGAGCAUAUGCAUUGUAAAAAUGUCUGGGUCUGGAAGGUUGCAACUUGUAAUGCUAAUUCUGGAUCGUGCAAAAAUCUGUGUUGCAUGAAUGCCAAAAGCUGUCCACUUUUGACCAAGUUGAGAGGAAGUUUCUCACGCAGGAUACGCAUGAUACGGAUCUCACAGAAUCUGUCAUGCUAGGUCUCGCAUUCCAGACCUCAUGGCUCAUGCAAAACGUGCAUGACAAGUCUCAGAACCUUCCAGACCCAGACAUUUUUACACUUGAUAGAACAACAAGCUGACGAACCACUUUUACAGCAAUAUCAGGAUCUACAUCCAGGUGCUCCUGAACGAACGCCGCUAGUACACCAUCAGCAAAGCUGCAAAAGUCGAGCAGCUUUAUUUUUGAACAAGACCUCUGGGCAUCUUCAAAAGAAGCCGGCUAGAAGUACUCUCCUUUCCGAGCAGGAAGAGAAGGUCGUGCGGGCGAGGCUGCAUUGCUUUCGCACGGAGCUACAGCUCGAGCACGCGGAUGACCGGUGGCACACGAAAAGUGCGGGGCCGCAACAGCUGGUGGUGGGAGGGUCAGGUUUACGUUGUAUCAACCGGGGUGGCGCAAGAAGAAGUUCUGGAGAUGGUCACUUUUGUACUGAAGAAGGGGACGUCGAUCCAGCAGCACAGCGACGUCCGGCUCUAUCUGUUUCUGUCCUCGCCGCACCAAUCUACAACGGACGCAUGAAGAAAGGGAGGAAGAUGAGAUUGACAAGAACGAAAGGCGUGCAAGAUUCUGUUACUGUGAUGUCAGCAGACGCGUUAUCGACUCAAGGGGUCACGAGUCGCACCGCAGAAGCGCAAGCGGCGAUCGAGAAAGCGUGUCGCUUUCGGUUUUCCGAGGCGGCGGGCGCACUACAGCUGACACGAGCUGAUCGGAACAAGAAGCGGGAAAAUAAUUCUUGGUUCAGCUCCCGCUAUCAGGAGAUGGUCGGAACAACUGGCACCAGAGAUGAUCUCAACGACAACGCUGACGUUCUUCCCGCUUCUACCUUCUACGCACGAAAUCGCGGAGACAGGAGUCAGUGCGGGGUGCUCUUUCCUUCGAGCGCGAUGGCUUUUUUAGACCAGAGUGGGGGUGGAGGUGCCGUCGCUGGGAAGAUGCUGAGUAACAGACCCUUUACAACUACUUCGUCGUCUUUAAUCCAAAUGCCGGACCCGCGGAAUUUGACCUACGACUCCGGGAAGCUCCAAGUUUUAAAGCGCCUGCUCCAGCAGUGCUAUUCGAAGCAGAACCGCGUCUUACUGUUCACCCAGUUUGGGAAAAUGCUAGACAUACUCGAAGAAUUCCUCGCCGUGCACAACUACACGUAUAGUCGGUUAGACGGAAAAACCAGCAACCCGGAUAGACAAAAACUCGUCGACGACUUCAACGAGAAACCAAACACGUUUAUCAUGCUCUCCUCCACCAGAGCGGGAGGCAUAGGGCUGAAUUUAACGGUAUGCAUUGCAAAAGUAUCGUACUAGUAUAAAGUGCAUUACAAAUUGGCUUAGCAUUACAAAUUAAAUUUGUAAUGCGGAUUUACCUUGAGAGAAAAAUUUGUAAUGCAUGAUUGCAAUUACUACGAGCACGAUGCUUUUGCAUUUGAUAAACGGGUGCCAACGUGGUCAUUUUCUACGACAGCGACUGGAAUUAUGGGAGUGUCAGGAUCGAAAUCGACAGAGUUGAAAUAGCUUGUAAUGCAUAAAACCGAUACCAGUCGGAAGCCCAAUUUCGAAGCAGCGCAUGACAAAUUUCGACGUCAUCGACAUCCAGUUUGUCAUGCUGUUUAGCGAAAGAAGGCAUCCUCUGUCAUUCUACUUUAGCAGCUUUAUCCCAAACCCGAAACAGGCUCUUCACAAUUGGCGUCUCUUGCAAUCCCUGCAAGACAGUCACUUCGUGCCUUGCAUUUCAUGCAUCACAGAUCAUUUCAACUUUGUCGGUUUCAAUCCUGACACACCCAUAGGAACCCGGCUACGGACCGGCAGGCCAUGGACCGGGUGCACCGCAUUGGGCAGCUGAAAGACGUCCACGUGUUUCGGUUGUUGUCGAGCUUCACGGUGGAGGAGAAUAUUUGGCGGAAACAGGUGAUAAAACGGAAAUUGGAUGACAUGGUCAUCGACGAAGGGCAAUUUCAGCAUUUGGCGAAAGGAAAGAAAAAAGGUGUUGAUGGGGAGCAGCAACAUGGACAACUCCACAACUUGCUUGACGGGGUGUUUGACGACCGAGCGUUGCUCGGUCGGGGAUCGGCGGAGGAUGAGGCGCAGGGGCGAGACGCUAGUAGUGCAGGUGGACCGACCAGCACGUUUGACCCGCUCGCCGCGGAUGCAGAUUUUUUCGCCCUCGAAGGUACGAUGUUACAUGAGCAAGAGGAGGCGGAAGCUGAAGAUGCAGUUGUGGCACAACUACUGCCGGGAAACAAGCAUACCGAAAAUAAAUCUACAACCGUCGCAGAGGAACUGAAGACCGGGGCUUUGCUUGCGAAAGUUGAAGACGUGGAAGAUCGAGAGGAGAUACAGCUCGUCCCAGAAAAUAAAUCAGGGACGAAAAUUCCGCGGCAUCUCGCAUUGGCGCAGCUUGGUAAAAAACGAGCCAUCAAAGGCUUUACUGGCCGCAAGAUGAUGACCGGGGGCGCGCAGCAGGAAGCUGCUUCGCUCUUAAUUCCAGGUGAACGAGCUGGUCAAUCUCAUCUUCGCAAUUCCACCCGCCUGUCUCCCUUAGCGCAAGUUCUCCUUCGCCAGUGUGGGAAGGUGGUGCAGAUCAAGAAGUUGCAAAAGCAGGAGCAGACCCAGAUCGCGAAUUUGCGCCAACAGGCGAGGCGGGAAGGCAUGUCGAGCUUUCGCCUGAUAACGGAAAUUCGACGGAUCACCAUGCCCGGGCGGGUUUUGGAGCAGCGACUUCAGGCAGGUGGCGCACUUUUAUCCACUUCUUCGAUAAAGAACAACGCAACGGGGCCAGGUGCAGGAGAAGCACAAAAGGAAAAGUCGCGGCUCGGUGGUGCUGCUCAGCCCGGAGGUGCUCCUGGAAAUAUUAACGCGUUUGGUUUUCCCCCACAUUAUCAACAAGCGAAGCCAAAAGCCAAGGCAAGAGCCUCGAAACCUCUCCCGGAUUUCAUGAAUAGGGGUCCGGCGAAUUUGCAGGGACGUCCUGAUUCCAAGGGGGUGCACCUGCGCACCCGCGCCUCGCGGGCGAAGUACGCUGCUAUGCUGAAGGAGCAAAGGAGGCAGGAGGAAGAAAAGGGUGGGGAGGGAGCAGAUGGGCCUUCGGGUGGAGGCGCGGAAAAAUGAAGAAGAGAUGAUGUGCGUUUCCGUUUACAACCUGGUGUCUUUUUUGCUGCUAAAACACAAGCAGUUCCCCACAGACGACAGAUGUGAAACUGAAAGCGAACUAAUCGAGCAUGAAUACUAAAAAUCUUGAAAGCGAAAUUCAAU